AUGCAGCUCACUCAGAUCCUCAUUGCUACUGGCCUCUUCGCCUCCUCGGCCUUUGCUGCCCCCGCAGACACCGAGAGCAAGUCCAUGAUGGCCGCCGGUCCCCAGUGGACCAUUCAGAACGCCAGACGUGUCUGCACCCCUGAAGACACCACCUGUACCUGGACUUUCGGCAUCUACCCCGGUGUUGGUGAGGCCACUCCCUGCACCUACGUCGUGAAUGGUUCCCCCGCCUCCCAAGCCAAUGGCGGCCCCGCCAACUGCGGCGGAUUCACCAUCACCUCCGGCUGGAGCGGCCAGUUCGGACCGGGUAACGGCUUCACUACUCUCUCCGUUGUCAAGAACGACUGCCACCAGAUCAUCUGGCCUGCCUAUACCGAUAAGCAGCUUGCUGGCGGCCAGGUUGUCAAGCCUGACCAGAGCUACGCCCCUGCUGCUCUCCCUUAG